AUGGAUGGGCGGAUUAAAGGCCUCUUCAGAGCCGCAUGCAGCGAUACGAUGACGCCGUGGGAGGCUGCCCUUCAAGUUGUUUACACCCUCCUUGGGCCCAGUCGUAGCACGUGCGAUGUUGGGCUUUUUCACGAGGCGGUAAGCGAAUGCAUGCGGGUUUGUUUACUGCAUCGCAAAGCGUCUGAGGCCCUUCGCGUCCACGGGCUGUUGAACCGUUGUGGACACGCGAUGGAGUGGCAUCCCCGAAAGUUGCGACGCCUCCCUUCGGCAUCGGCGGGUUUAAGCCCCAAGUCGCUGCAGGGGCUUUCUAGUGAUGAACUUGCUUUAUUGGCACUGCGUCAGCAACCCCACCGCGUACAUCAAAGUAUGAUUGUGGCUGAAAUUAUAGCAGCUGAGCGUGGGGACUGUGUUGGUGAUGUUGGUAUUGAGGCUGCCGUGGCACAGUGUAGUUUGGACACUUCGUGCGGCGGUGACAGUGUUGUCAGGACAUGGUUUCCCACUAAAGGUGGUGCUGCAGGGAUUUAUUCAAUAGCAGGCUUGGAACUGACACAGCUAUCGGAAGCAGAGCAGUUCCGCAUUCAGUUUCAACAAAAUAUACAGCUACUACGCACCACGCAGCGAUUAGGUGGUCAGCUGGGUCUUUAUUAUCUUCUUUCGCAGAUGCGUCGCGUGGUGGAAGACGUCCGUCUCGCAUCUGAGGUUGAAAUUGAGCCUCUUAUAGACCUUGGUCGUGCGGUGCUGAACCACCCGCUGGUCUUCACGACACCCACAAGCGAGUUGGCUCGAGAACGACUGUUGUUUGAAGACUUUGGUCGUUUUGCUGGUAGUGAGGGUUUGAGUAGCAUACAAGAGAAGAAGCUUGCCUCUCUUGAGGCCCUCACCGAGUCCAUGCGGCCGCUAUGUAAACAACCAUUGAAGUUUAUGCAUUGCGUCACAGCAUCGUGGGAUGCACUUUUUAUACGUCGGGCUGCGGCCACGUUGGUUCUCCCUGGCGAGGCUCACGACGUUCUACCGCGGCGUUACAGCAUGAGGGCGAGGACCGAUUCCCGAGUUGGCCAACGAAGAAGCAAGGAACCCGAGGAGAAUAGGCUAGGUGCGUCUCGAUGGACGGACCCAAACGGUGAAGUGUUUGGUGGUACAGAUAUUGAAGGUGCAGCAGAGCGCGUUGAAUUUAUUAUUCGCCGCCGACUUCAUCACGACAUUGUGGUACCCGACUCUUGUUUCGUUCUUCAACACUUUAACCGCCUGCUACAGCUUGCAAAACAUCGCGAGGUUGUUGUACCGUACUCUGUCCUCCUCGACAUCGCCCAUUCUGCGCUGGAGGAUCAGGGCUCUCGGCGUUUCCACUCACGUCGUGUGCUUCUGGCAUUGAUGCAUAACACCACCACUAAACAAACGGCACUGGAGAGUAACCGUCUGCUGAGCCCCUAUUCAAUAUCCAUGAAGGAGCACUGUGGUGGUGUUACUCUGCUUGGCCUCCAGGAUGAAGUGGCUCUAUUGGAGGAAAGUCAAGAAAGAUUCUUCUUGGCUCCUGAUUCUGCGCGGGUUGAGCCAAGUUGCUCCAACCCCCCAUUGUUGAGUGAUGCCCAUUAUGCGAGUGUGCUCGUUGCAAAGCAAUUGGAAAAGAUUGUCUCUGUAACAAAUGGGCGACUAACAGGCGAAUCGGCAUCCGUCAAGGGACAGGGCGAAUUGGACCUUUUAGUUUCAGGUGUCGUUGAAGCCAUGACGGAGGAAAAGUGGGGAAGCAACAACAGUCAAAGCUCGAGUUUUCUCAAACAUCAUAGUGACCAUAACGAAAGAAACAUAUGCGAUGGUGACGGCACUGGUCCCCCAGUGCUUUUUAAGUCAUCCCGCUUGCGCUCCUCCCGGGCACGCACACCUGUUAUUGUGGCAACAACAAAUGGGAGCACACGUCGUGCUGCUUUCAUGGUUGGGUUGCCGAUGUAUCCCUCAGUGAGUGCUGUGUAA